AUGACAUUUUCAAAUAUAAAAUUCAAAAAAGUGUGGAAUCACCCAGUGACGAAUAUCAUCAAAUCAUUUUGGUUCUUUUAUUGUUUGGCUGUCUUUAUUGUGAUAGCUAGAUUUGCACCAAACUUUGCCAGAGAUGGUGGUCUUAUUAAAGCUGAAUAUAGUAUAGGCUAUGGUGCAGUUGCAUGGAUAUUCCUACAGAGCGGAUUAAGUAUGGAGACAAAAAGAAUUCUAGCCAAUAUUUCAAAUUGGAGAGCUCAUCUUACAGUAGCCACGAUGAGUUUCUUAAUAACAUCAUCCAUCGUGUACGGAUUUUGUGUUGCAAUUAUUAAAUCCAAUGAUAAAAACAUUGAUAACUGGGUAUUAAUGGGUAUCAUUACCACUAUUACAUGUCCAACCACAGUAGCAUCAAAUGUGAUUAUGACUCAUGAUGCUAAUGGGAAUGACUUGCUAUGCGUUUGCGAAGUCGUGCUAGGUAAUUUGUUUGGUGCAUUUAUUACACCUGCUUUAGUUCAAAUGUAUACUAGUAAUGAUCUAUUUGCAUUCGGUAAUCCAUCACGUGGAGGUUCUAUUAGCGCAUUAUAUGGUCGUGUUAUGAAACAAGUUGGUCUUUCUGUAUUUGUACCACUAUUUGUGGGGCAAUGUAUUCAAAAUAUUUUUCCCAAACAAACAUCUGCAUAUUUAAGUUUCCUAAAAAGAUACAACAUUAAAAUUGGAUCCUACAUGUUGUUAUUGAUCAUGUUUAGUUCAUUUUCAACUGCAUUUUAUCAAAAAUCAUUUACAAGUGUAUCUCACAUCUGUAUUGUAUUUGUUUGUUUUUUCAACUUAGGCGUCUAUUUAUUCUUUACUAUGGUCUCCUUCUGCCUUGCAAGACCUUUCUUUAUUUUAAAAUUAUUCCCAGAAGAACCUAUCAAAGGGAAAUGCUCAAAAUUAUAUUACUAUUCGUACAAAAUUUUUAGACCAUUUUACUACAACAAGAAAGAUACAAUAUGCAUUAUGUUCUGUGCACCAGCGAAAACUGCCGCUCUAGGUGUGUCUUUAAUCACAUCCCAAUAUGGUGAUCACAAAGAACAUCUCGGGAAACUAUUGGUUCCCUUGGUUUUAUAUCAAGGUGAGCAAGUUUUGACUGCUAGUAUCUUUGUCCCUAUCUUAAGAAGAUGGGUAAAGGAAGAGUUAGAGGAAGACAAAUUACGUGAACAAGAGGAGCGUGAUGAUGAAAAGACUUUAUCCGGAUGUUCAGAUUUAGUAAAAUUACCAACCACUGAUAUUGAAAGACAAACUGUGUCUAGUUCCGAGUCAUCUAUUCCUUAG